CAUGCUGCUAAAAUAUAUUACCAUGAUACCGGUGUCACAAGCCAAUUGCCGCUCUUCUAUUCGCAGUUCUUGGAUCAAAUAUUCUCAGUGGCUUCCAUUAUCGUACUGAAUAGCGAAGAAUUUGGUUUGCUUGUCGAUGAUUCCGACAUACUUGUAAAUGUGAAGCAAGCUGCUGGCACUGGGAAGACCUACUUGACUGCUUUACAUGAAGUAGAGCAUAAAUGCGGCAUAAUGGAACCUCAAAUUGGGGUACUGUGUGCCGGAGUUGAUUGCGCCAACAUUCUCUGGGAACACGUCUGCUGCUGCAAUGACGACUCCGACUUCGUCUCUAAGACUCAGGUGUCAUCAGUGGUGAUUAUCGAUUUCACCAAAUCUUAUAUUGACACUGACAAUAUUUUACAAAACAAUAUGGAUGCCGAUGUUGUGAUUUUAAUCAAUAGCCGAAGGGAUGAAGCAGCAUAUGAUUUCCGGCUUGCCGGCGCGCACUGUGUUCUAGACAUCAAGCAACACUCAUUCCAGCCACUGCUCCCGUUUCUCGAAAAGGCAUGUUUGAUUACUGGACGAGCUCCGGUGAGCGAUUGCUUGGAGCAGUUGCAAAUAGCGGAAAUACGUUUAUUCGGUGACCGCUAUAGGCGAAUUCGGCUUGGUCCAGCACAGCUUGCAAGGCAAUCCAUUGUAGACGCUCAGAAGGAUGAACCAUCUGACGCAGGACGUUCAGAUAUUCGUGGUUCUUAA